GCGCACUUUUUGUAUUCAAUAUUUUCAUAACAUAACCUCAUUGAUAGUAUACAUUAUACAUAAACAAAUAGUUAUUGUAAGAGCAGGAGUGAAUAGAAAAUGUCACCAAACGUGGCUAAAACAGUGCCCAAUUUGCCAUGGGUUGAAAAGUAUAGACCAAAUAAAUUAUCUGAUCUUAUUUCUCACGAAGAGAUCAUCCAAACAAUCAACAAGUUCAUUGAUGAAAAUCAGCUGCCUCACUUGUUACUGUAUGGUCCUCCAGGUACUGGUAAGACCAGUACGAUUCUUGCAUGUGCCAAAAAACUUUACACACCACAGCAGUUUAAUUCAAUGGUUUUGGAGCUGAAUGCGUCAGAUGAUAGAGGUAUUGGUAUUGUUAGAGGUCAGAUAUUAAGUUUUGCCAGCACAGGCACAAUGUACAGAUCGGGGUUCAAAUUAAUUAUACUUGAUGAAGCUGAUGCCAUGACUAAUGACGCUCAAAAUGCACUUAGAAGAAUUAUUGAAAAGUACACUGAUAAUGUAAGAUUUUGUAUUAUAUGCAAUUAUUUGAGCAAAAUCAUCCCUGCCCUUCAAUCUCGUUGUACAAAGUUUAGAUUUGGCCCACUUGCUCCAGCACAAAUUCUGCCACGUUUAGAGCAUGUUGUUAAAGAAGAAAAUGUUAAUGUGACGGAAGAUGGCAAGCAGGCGUUAAUGACUUUAAGUGGUGGUGAUAUGAGAAGAGUUAUUAAUGUUUUACAAAGCACGUGGCUAGCUUUUGGAUGCGUCAAUGAAGAAAAUGUUUACGCCUGUGUUGGGCAUCCGCUACCAAAUGAUAUAAAGAACAUUGUUAAUUGGCUUUUAAAUGAAUCUUAUGAAUUUGCUUACAACAAAGUUCAAGAUUUAAAAACUAGAAAAGGACUAGCUUUACAGGAUAUAUUAACAGAACUUCAAGGUCUUGUUAAUAAGAUUGAGUUUCCAGAUGAUGUAUUGAUUGAACUUAUUAUAAGGAUGGCAGAAAUUGAAAAACGGGUCAUCAGUGGCUGUAACGAAGCUGUACAGUUGAAUGCUCUUGUUUCUGCAUUUCAAAAGCCUCGAGAAAUAGAAAUUCCUUGA